AACCUGUUGACGCGUCCGGGUGAAUGGCAAAUGGCUAUUGUGGGUGUGGGACAGCUGCUUUGUUUACAUUUGCAAUUGAUUGAGGUACAAUUUAAGUUCCCUGCGAGAUAUGCUGCAAAAUAUUUGUCGCAUCUGUGCAGUCGACACGGAUGCCACUAAGGCAAUAAAUCUAUUUGAGAAGAGCGCACGUCAACUUUUGCGACAAAUAAAGCUACUUACCGGCGUUUUUUUGGAGGUCAAACCCGAUUUGCCAGAGGUUAUAUGCAACAUCUGUCUGAAUGAUUUGGACUGUGCCAUAGAGUUUCGCAAGCGAUGCCUGCGCAACCAGAAGAGAUGGAACCAAAAGUACAAUGGAGCGCCCGAUCCUGAAGCAACUGUUCCUGCGUCUACUCAUGUAGUUUGUGUACGUCGCAGUGCGCGCACCCGUGUACGUUGUGCAAGCGAAAACGAGGAUGAGGAAGCGCCAUUGAGUCCCAUUGAAGUGCUCAUAAAAGUGGAACAGCCAAAUAAUCACGCUGACGAAGAUGACGGUAUCGAUCAUUUGGACACGGAAACCUGCAAUGGCAACGAUGACACAACAAAUGUUUCCUCGUUGGAAGAUGAGAACCAUGUGUCACCAAUGGAGACAAAACGUCGGCGACAAUUGCCAAAAUGCACCGUCUCAAAACAGCCGCGCGCCAAGCAAAAGCUACCCGUGUUCUUCUGUGAUCAGUGCGGCAACAACGUCACGGGCAAGUCCGCCUUUGACCGACAUCUGCGCAAACACAAUGGCAUAAGGCCCUUCCAGUGCGAGCAGUGCUCAGCGCGAUUUCUGUCCGCCGGCGAGCUGAAGGGCCAUCAAGUAAUGCACACAGGACACAGGAAAUUUCCAUGCCGCUACUGUGAUCGAACCUACGUCAACUACAGCGGUCGACUGCGUCACGAGCGGACCCACACAAAUGAACGGCCCUUCGUCUGUUCGCACUGUGGCAAGGCGUUCACCAACUCCUACAUAUUAAAAAACCAUAAUCUGGUACAUACGGGCGAGCGUUUGUUUAGGUGCGACUUGUGCGAACGCUCUUUUUCAAGGCCAACUCAUCUAAAGACUCACUAUCGCUCCAAUACUCACAAACAGAAUGUGGAAAAGUCAUGUGUGACACAACAGAAGGCGGGCGAGCUACACACAGUGGAUGCAAUCAUCUUGCCCCAAUCUACCGGAGAGUCGCAGGGCGUGGUAGUUGUUACAGUUGAAGUUCCUUUGGCGCAUUAGUUGCUGUUAAAUCAU